UGUACUGACUUUCCUAUAAAUAGUGUUAGAAGUUUCAUAACCUUUCGUCACCACAAAAAUAACAAACACAAAUAAUUAGUAAGAUUUUUCUGAAACCAUCUUUGGCCAAUAUUUGAAGAUAUGAAGUCUGCAAUCAUCUUUGCCCUUUUCGGAGUCAUUUCGUGCUUUGUAAGUACAAUAGAUUCAAGAACACAUCCUACAAGAAACUUUGUCGAAAUAGGUGAAGAAACAGAGAAAUUUCCAGAAGAACCAAAACCAAGUGAUAACCUUCUUUAUUUCUACAAUUACAAGAAGCAAAGUGAUCAGAUAAACGACGAACCAAAACUAAGUGAAAACUUUUUGAAUGGUUACAAGAAACAGACUGAUCAGAAACAAGAAGAACCAAAACCAAGUGAUAACCUUCUUUAUUUCUACAGUUACAAGAAGCAGAGUGAUCAGAUAAACGACGAACCAAAACUAAGUGAAAACUUUUUGAAUGGUUACAAGAAACAGAAUGAUCAGAAACAAGAAGAACCAAAACCAAGUGAUAACCGUCUUUAUUUCUACGUUUACAAGAAGCAGAGUGAUCAGAUAAACGACGAACCAAAACUAAGUGAAAACUUUUUGAAUAGUUACAAGAAACAGACUGAUCAGAAACAAGAAGAACCAAAACCAAGUGAUAACCGUCUUUAUUUCUACGUUUACAAGAAGCAGAGUGAUCAGAUAAACGACGAACCAAAACUAAGUGAAAACUUUUUGAAUAGUUACAAGAAACAGACUGAUCAGAAACAAGAAGAACCAAAACCAAGUGGACACAUUCUUUUCUACGAUUACAAGAAGCAGAAUGAUGAGAUAAAGGAUGAAUCAAAAUUAAAGGACGAAAAAACUGAUUCAUCCACUAUUAAGGACUCAGGCUAUGCCGAGGCCUAGUUUGUAAAAUUGUAUGUGGGUAGAGCUCUAGCUAGUGCUGCAAUCAUCAAAGUUUAUUAGUCAUGUUAAAUUAAUGUUUUAUUUCCAAUCCAAUAAGGCAGUAUCUAAGGCAGUAUCUAUCUAUGUGUUGAGCUCAAAUAAUAAAAAUAUAUAUCAUAUAUGUUUUCUUUAA